GGAAUUAGUAUAUAGGAGAGUCAACCAGUCCAUGCAGUUCGGCUAAAAGACCGAAGUCAACAAACAAAACUUGCGAUAAACCCGAACCCCACAGAGGGGGAGAGGGGGAAAAUAACUCGCACCAAUAAUGGUCGUCGAUGGGGUUGUGUUGUAUUUAUUUUCCCCCGCAGAUGGAAAGCGAUGAUGUAGACGGAUAAAACACUGGCAUUCCCUGUUCCCGCUGUUUGUGCGUACUUUGUGAGGAUUAACUCGGAUUUUCUGGUUCUGUUUCUAGACAAAAUGUCGCGGUAUCUGAGAGCAGUCGUGCUCGCACUCGUCGGAUCUACUACCCUGGCGGUAUCAGCCAGUACUAGCAAUAAUAAUGGCUGGUGCCAGUCAUCCUGGCCCACAAAUACAUGCCACCUAUUCACAGAGUCAAUGGAUUACCUCGAUCGGAUAUAUGAUGCUUCGGCGGGAUAUGUCUAUGAUCCGAGUGCUGCGACGGCGCUGCGACACGAUACCAGGACGUCCGUGUGGUAUGCCGUGGGAUUGUUGGCUCGGGAUCAGGGCGAUGACGUAGCUCAGGCCAUGACUAUCAUUCGAAAUGUGAUAGAUGCGCAGUUCAAGGAUACAAGUGAUCAAUGGUGGGUGUACGGAGACUACCAGCAAUAUCCCGAAGAACCUACAGUAGGAACCCCAGCAUACCCGCCGAUCAUCUACGAUACCUGGGACCCCAACUGGAGAGAGUUCAUCGGCACAGCCUUUAUCAUAGCUCUCGAGGAAUUCCCGCAUCUGAUCGAUGCAGAUAUGACGCAACUGAUGCAUGCCUCGCUUUACAAUGACACUACCGGGGACAGUUAUCGGGUCGGUGGAGUGGAUGAUGAUAAUUUGUAUCCCUCGUAUACGAACCCGUCCUUAAUGCGUGCCAUCAUCACAGGCUGGACGGGACGCAAACUUGGAGACCAGAAUAUGACAAAUUCCGGCGAGACGUACGCAAAGGAGAUCAUCCAGCUGUUCGAUCGCGCAGACACGCUUUCGGAAUUCAACAGUGCCACGUACACGGGCGUUUCCCUGAUUGCGUUGACCAUGUGGGCCAAGUACGCUGCAGAGGACUCGGUCAUGAAGGGGAAAGGGAAGGAGAUGUUGCAGGAUACAUGGGACACCAUUGGGGAGUUGUAUCAUGCUGGGCUGAAGAACCUCGCAGGUCCUUGGGAUCGAGCUUAUGGGUUUGAUAUGCAAAAGUACUUUGGUAUCAUGUCGGGACAUAUUUGGUCGCUGGUCGGGAAAGAGACUUCUCCGGUUAUUGAUAAGGUGUAUAUGAUGUCUCAUAACUCCGACUUUUCCAUCUCGCCCCUGAUAGCUAUCCUGUCGAAUUUUCAUAACUCGCUUGUCCCGUCAUCGGCCGUUCAAGCCCUGAAGGCCUUCCCUGGUGAGCAUACGGUCAACACUUCCGCUUACUCUAUUCCAUAUGACUCCUUCCCGCGACAGGUGGCUGCGUGGCUGAGUGAAGGCAUCAGCAUUGGAGCAGAGACCUUCAAUGAGUCUGUUGUUGGUGGCCCGGCCAUUAAUCCAUCACAGUUUAACCCGGCUGUCAUUCAGUGGGAUACUGGGGCUGGAACAGGGUGGAUAACAUUGUAUGCGACGGAGCCGGCUCUGAAUGCCGAGGUUGGACCCGGGUAUCUGAACCUGACCUAUCCACGUGGAACGUCGGCCUCUCAGUUCCAGUUUCUGGUAUCUCCGUUUGAGACCCAAAGGAAUGUGGCCGGCUGGGAGGACAUUGUUGGCCUGGAUAUUACCGUGUCGGGCAAUAUGGACCCGAAUACCCUGAACAUCUCGUAUAGCUUGAGCGACCAAGUCAUCAAUGACUUUAGGUUUUGGAACUUCACUUAUUCCAUGCCGGCGAAUAGCACCGCCAUUCCGAAUGUCCUCCUGGAGGUGCAAUUGCAAACAUGA